AUGUCGUACUUUCGAACUCAAUAUUCUGGUCUAAGAGAUUUUUCACCCUUUGACGCAUUUAAGCAUGUGCAAGAUCUAAGCAAGCCUGUUCAGCAACACUUGCUUAAGGUUUAUCUAACACUUAGUAGUGUUUGUUUUGUUACUGCGGCUGGAGCUUUCGUCCAUACCAACCAUUUGUUCUUGUUUGGUGGUGGUCUCCUUUCUUUCUUGGUAGGUCUUGGGUCUUUAAUAGGUAUUAUGUCUACACCAGACACUCCGCAAAACAAAACUUUACGUUACGGUUUAUUAUAUAAUUUUGCAUUUAUGGAAGGUCUUUCAAUCGGGCCUCUUGUUGAACUUACCCUUAUGAUUCCUAAUUGUGAUCAUGUAGUGAUCAAUGCCUGCGCUUUGACCUUCUUAAUCUUUGGUUGUUUCUCAUUAGCUUCUAUUUUGAGUAACAAAAGAACCUAUAUAUAUCUUGGAGGAAUAUUGGGUUCAGCGAUUUCAAUGUUGUUUUGGAUGUCAUUCAUUAAUGCGUUCGUCGGUUCCUUGGCUCUGUAUUCUGCGGAGCUUUACAUAGGAUUGGCAAUAUUUUGUUUAUAUGUCAUAUAUGAUACACAACUUAUCAUUUAUCGUGCAUCUCAAUUGGGUUCUCGUGAUGUUGUAAGCCAUACACUUGACUUGUUCAUUGACCUUGUUGGCAUAUUCACUAGAUUGGUGGUUUUGAUGACGGAAUCUGAAGGAAAUGCGAAUCGUAGGAAACGUAAAAAUAAAAGAACUGAAUAUGUUGGGAUUUGA